CGUACGGCUGCGGCUCGUGAACUGACGAGGCGAACGUUGGGCACCGCGCACAGCUCAUCGUGAAGGGAAAGUUGCGAACCCAGGACGGAAAAGUGUAUUUCAAAGCUGAACAAUAGCGAGGCAGGUGUUCGCGCCGGUGCAGCGUCUGAGCGGCGGCAGCAACCAAAGGGCUGAAAACCGUUGAACUGGCUGCGUGGUUUCUCCGUGACGAGUGAGGAUUGUGGCUGUUGGUUGUUUUCUGGGCGGUGUGUGUCCACUUCCACCCACUUAGCUCUGUCGUGCUGCGGUGAGACGCGCGCACGCCUGUGACGUCAGAGGGAAAACAAUGCCACGUGACUCCUCCCUCGUUUCCUCCGCUCGCGUUUCCAAAACAUAGUGUUUAGUAGAGUCUUAGUUCUCUCUUAGUUAAGGGAAGAUGGACACAGCCUCGAGUUCUUUAGCGGUGAAACAGGAAGGUUCCGUGUCGACAAGCCCUGGUCGAGCUGGUGUCAUAGCAGUGGACACGAAGCUGGAGGAGGAGGAGGAGGAUCCGCUGUUUCCUCUUGAGGAUAAUAAAUCCAGAACCGAUGCCACGUGUAUGGAUGUGAAGGAGGAGCCCCUGUUUUCUGUCGAAGAAACUCAAUCCAGAGAACCUGCAGGAGAGGGCGGGUACGUCCUGGAUCCUUCUGAACCCAGCGAUGUGGAGGAAGCUGAAACUCCUUCUGAGGAUGAAGGUGGUACAGUCAAACAAGACCCUGGUGAUCCGGACUACGCACCGGACUCUGACUGCGACUUGAGAGCCAGGUCUUCAAAGGAUGAAGAGUCUUCCUCUUCAGAUGAGAGAGUCUCAGCAGUCACACGCUUUUUGAAGACCCAAAAAGACAAGGAGGAUUGUGCUUCCUUAACCCAAGAGGGCGCCACAGAUGAGAGAGUGAAGGACGAGGCCAAGCCUCUCCAGCCGCAGCGCCGCCGCCGCACGAAGCCCUGCACCUGUCAAGUAUGCGGGAAAGUCUUCAACGACAACAAUCAUCUCCAUCGACACCUCCUGGUCCACACGGGAGAAAAGCCCUUCAAGUGCUUCAUUUGUGCACGAGGAUUCAGUCAGAGGGGGAACCUCAAAACCCACAUGAAGGUCCACAAAGGAGAAACAAACUGGACCUUACUUGAAGAGAAGAGCAACCCCAAACCAGCACCUGUUUUAGCGAAUAUAUGUGGCGCCUGUGGGAUGGACUUCCUGGAGCAAGAACAACUGGAAAAGCAUCGUGAAAUUCACCAGAAACCGUUCUCCUGCUCUGACUGUGGAAAGGCUUUCAAGUCCCUGAAAUAUUUAGAAUUGCACCCGUGCUUUCACCCAGGAGACGCGCCGUUCUGCUGCCGCACCUGUGGGAGGCGCUACCUAUUGGAGAAGUCGCUGAAGGAUCAUGAGCUACGUCAUACUGGGAAGAAGAGCUUCCACUGUGACCAGUGCGGGAAGUCCUUCUGGCGGUCGUACCAGCUCCGAACCCACCUCCAGUCGCACAGCGACCAGCGGCCGCACCUCUGCGCCGUGUGCGGGAAAAGCUACGCCAGAGCGGCGACUCUGAAGGUCCAUCUGAGGGUCCACACCGGGGAAACGCCGUAUCUGUGCAGCACCUGUGGCAAGUCCUUUUAUUACAGUCAAGGCUACAGGGAACAUCUGCUGGUGCACAACAAGAGGCCUAAAGUCCAAGUGAAACCUCUGGGUCGACCCAAACGCAACCUGAGCGGUGACGGCUGAGAAAGGUUUUCAAGGACGGAGUUGCUUAUGAAGUUUAUUUGAUCAAAGUAUUAGACAGUUUGCAACUGAUUCCAAGUUUGUCACUUUCAACCACCGCACAUCUUCAUCGACGUACCUGAAAGAGCAGGCACUUUGACCUGUUGGGAGAAAAUAACAA